CGCCAUCUUGAAAUUUCCUCUCUUGGAAACUGCGGAGGGGUCAUUGAAAGCGGUUCAGACAGAAUUUAUCACCUAUCUGCUUACGAAUGGCGGGUUUACCAAGACGAAUCAUCAAAGAGACACAACGUCUGAUGCAAGAGCCUGUACCUGGAAUCCAAGCCUUGCCAGAUGAGAAAAAUGCCCGAUAUUUUCAUGUGAAUGUUUCUGGACCUGCAGACAGUCCAUAUGAAGGAGGUGUCUUCAAACUUGAAUUAUUUCUACCAGAAGAAUACCCAAUGUCAGCUCCAAGAGUGAGGUUUAUGACUAAGAUAUACCAUCCUAACAUCGAUAAAUUAGGCAGAAUAUGUUUAGAUAUACUUAAAGACAAAUGGAGCCCGGCUUUACAGAUCCGAACUGUCUUAUUGUCUGUUCAGGCUUUACUUAGUGCUCCCAACCCUGAUGAUCCCUUAGCUAAUGAUGUAGCCGAACAUUGGAAAGAGAAUGAAGUUUCAGCAAUUGAACAAGCGAAAGAGUGGACACUGAUGUAUGCUCCGGUAAACAACUUGAAAUGAUGCUGAUCUAAGGGACAAUAGUGUUUUCUCUCCGCCUGGUCAGUGAACUAUUCAGAAUUCCAUGAUGUACCCUCUAAGCAAAAACAGGACAGUCUUUGUUGGGGAAGUGAAGCAGUGUGGGGGCGGGGAGGUGAGCUCCCCUCAGUGAUCAGGAGGACUCCAUACACUGUGCUCUGUCAUUCUUCUGUCAGAACACCAACUGUACAUUUUGUCCAAUGUAUGUAAAUUUCUUCAGGUCAUCAGAAACUGUUAGGCUUUUUUUAUGCAUAAAGAGAAACACCAACAGGAUAGAAGAAUAACUAACCUUAAGAGCUGUUGUGGAUAUUCUUUAAAGUGUAGGAAAAGGGCAAGGGAUUCUUCAGGGGAUGGGCAGGAAAAAAAAGGAAAUAAUAAUACACUGAUGGGGCACUGAUUCUGUGUUGAUAGUUUUGACACACAAACUGUGGGUUGUAUUCGUGACACACUAUUUAUAGAUUGUAAAAUGACCGCUGAAUGUUUUUGACGAGAGAUUAUACAAAGUGUAUGUAUGUCGUUUGUCAUGAUGUGUCCACAUUUCCUUGUAAAAUAUAAAAAAGGUAAUAAAAGAUUUGUUUCAUUUAUAGGAUAUUAAGUUUGUGAAAGUUUUUAGUUGAUAUAUGUAAUUUAGAAUUACAUAUACCCCCAUCAUUAAUGUAUCCAAAAAUGUCUUUUGUUUCUGCCUUUUAAGCAGAGUUUUGCUCUGAUUACCCAUUUCUAAUCAAGUGAGUUUUCAUUGGUGAAACGUAUAUUGCUUUACUAUUGCAAUAUUGCUAUUUUCAUUAGAUGUAAUUUGAUGCAUAUAGAUUUUUUUUUAAAGCAAAUCUGAGCAAUGCUUAUAUCAUUUUGUGUAACAUUUUGGAUAUGGUUGGAUGAAUAAGUAAGAUGUCCUUCAUUCAAAAAUCUGCUUGUGCAUGAACGUGAUAUAGUGACAGACAUAUUUUAAUAUGCACUUUAAUACCAGUAUUUAGCAGUAUCUCUCUUUCCUAAAAUAUUUAAAAGUCUAAGUUUCUUGAUUUAUGGUAUAUGUAGGGGUAAAAUACAGAUUAUUUCAAAUGUUCAUUGAUGGCUUGGGCAGCCAAAGAAAAUAAAUGUUAAACAACUUUUAUGUA